AUGCCACCCCCUCCUCGUCGUAAUUACGUGGCUUCCAGGAGGAGAGGGUAUUAUAGGCCUGCCCCUCCCCCGAAUUCGUCGCUGCCACCUCCGCCUCCUCAGAUAAUUCCUCCAUGGAAGCAUUGGGAGUCUGUGGCUGUCAACAUCGCAGAUGUCCCCAAAGAGGCCAAUACGUUCAUCCUUUGGCAGGCCUUCUCCAAGGAAGGACGCAUCUUUUCUAUUGAUCUCUUCGAGGAUUUCCACGGUAAAAGAGAACAUCGAGGGAAGCUGCGCUUUAGACCACCCCCACAGACAGCAUUUUGGGCAAGAGGAACCUAUGUUAUCACACUUACAAAUGGCCAGACAGCGACUAUUGCUCUUCAGUUGGACAAGAAAUGCCAGAAUUCUGAGAUCCCAAGUCCUGUCCGUCCUAAUGUUUCAUACCCAGCAGAAGUCAAACUGCCCAUACUUACUAUGGAUAUUGGAGUUAUGUUUGACGAAACAACAAUGCUACCGAUGCGUACUGUCGGCGCUGGAACAGAAGAGAACGCUUCCUUGGUUCUUGAUCUGAAAAGCAAGGCAAUGUUUGUCUACUUUCAGCUUCCCAUUUUCAACACGAAGCAGAAGCCCAACACGACUUCCCAGCUUUACCACGAAUAUCGUCUUAAAAUCCCUUUCACACAGUUGACUCGGAUCUUCCAAACGCGUUGCUCCAAAUUAGGAACUACAUCUCACUUGACAUUCUUGAAUUCUCCUCCCAUUUAUCAUCGACGUAUCAAAAACAUCGCUAGUACCUUUAUUGACGAGAAUGCUUGGAGGGAUUCCGACACCUGGUUUCGACAGACAUAUAUCGUUCACAAUCCACAAGAAUUGGCGACCCUUCCCGUCAGUCUACGGAAGGCUAAGCCAGUCAUUGAUAUCGGUCGUUGGAACACCCUUAAUGUCACGUACUCGAAAGAUACCAGUCAGAAAGGAAGAUUGGCGUUGCUGUGUGAAAUUUUGAAUGACUAUAAUGUCACCAUCGAAGACACAGAUCGUUUCGUUCAAUGGGAUGAAAGCAAAGAGCGGAUACCCCCAGUCUGGAAGUGGAUUGAUCAAUCCUCGACCAGCUAUUCCUCUUCGCUAGAAGAUCUUAUGAACGAAACUUAUGUGAACCUUCCUUUCUCGGUUCGUUAUCAGCUUGAGGUUUGCAUAUCCAAUGGAUACCUCUCUGAAUUUACCAUGACGCGUGAAUUCCCCAUAAAGCUCUCUGAGAUCGGAGAGACACAAGCCAAAAAGCUCCUCGAAUAUGUGGCAUCCAGGAAGCGAGUGUAUUACGACCCAAUGAAGAUCUUCAACCUUGAGUUUGUCAAAGGAGUCACCGAUGCCAAGAUACCACCUUACUGCUGCUACAUGCGUUCAGCCAGAAUAACUCCGAGUACAAUUUACUUCAAUAGCCCGUCAGUGGAUAUUUCAAACCGUGUUAUCCGUUACUUUAUCGAAUAUGCCGAUCGCUUUCUUCGCGUCAGUUUCACCGAUGAAAAGCUGCUGGGUCGCAUCAAUUCCACUGCUGAUAACACGAUGAAUGAGGUUUUUACUCGCAUCAAGAGAGCUCUGGCAAAUGGUAUUGUCGUUGGUGAUAGACGUUAUGAAUUCCUUGCAUUUGGAAACUCCCAGUUUCGUGAGCACGGUGCUUACUUUUUUGCGCCACUUGAUAACCUCACAGCUGCCAAUAUCCGCGCUUGGAUGGGACACUUCAAUGAUAUAAGAAAUGUCGCUAAAUAUGCUGCCAGAUUGGGACAAUGCUUCUCAACCACUCGGGCAGUGGUUGGUUCUCCUGUGAACAUUUGCAAAAUUGGCGACAUUAGACGAAACGACUACACAUUCUCGGACGGUAUUGGUCGGAUCUCGAAGUUCCUUGCUCAGAUGGCAAUGACAGAACUUAAGAUAAAGACACCGACAGGCGAUCCGCCCUCCGCAUUCCAAUUUCGCCUUGGAGGAUGCAAAGGGAUGCUGACAGUUUCGCCCGAGGCCCAGCGUCAGGAGGUGCACAUCCGCAAAAGCCAAUACAAAUUUGCAGCGACUCACAGUGGGUUGGAAAUCAUCCGCUGGUCUCAAUUUUCUAUGGCGACUCUGAAUAGACAACUGAUCAUUGUGUUAUCCACACUUGGAAUUCCAGACGCCAUAUUUCAUACUAAGCUCAAAUCCAUGCUAAAGGGUCUGGAUGAAGCCAUGGAAAGCGACUCAAAGGCCAUUGAGCUCCUCCAAAAAUAUGUGGAUCCAAACCAAAUGACCCUUACUAUCAGUCAAAUAGUUCUCGAUGGCUUCCGAAGAUCAAAGGAACCGUUCUUGACGUCGGUCCUAACGCUUUGGAGAGCGUGGCAUCUCAAAUACCUCAAGGAGAAGGCUAGAAUUGCCAUUUCUCAAGGGGCAUCUCUGCUCGGAUGUAUGGACGAGACUGCGACUCUAAAGGGCCAUUUCUACGAUUCUAUACCAAAGGAGGGCGCUUCCUAUGAAGAGAAACUGGCUGCAUUGCCUGAAAUCUUUGUUCAAAUAUCUCGUCUCGAAAAUGGUGGAAAGUACGAGGUGAUAGAAGGUCUCUGCCUUCUGGCUCGCAAUCCUUCCCUCCACCCCGGGGAUAUCCGUGUCGUAAGGGCAGUCAAUGUUCCAGAAUUACAACACCUCCAGGAUGUUGUCGUCUUGCCCCAAACGGGUGAUCGAGAUAUCGCAAGCAUGUGCUCCGGCGGGGAUUUGGACGGCGACGACUACCUCGUAAUAUGGGAUCAGGAUCUAUUGCCAGAAGACUGGUUUACGGUGCCUAUGAAUUAUACGAGUAACAAGGCUCGGGAUCUUGACCAUGAUGUCACGGUGGAUGAGAUUACUUCCUUCUUCGUUACUUAUAUCAAGAAUGACUGUCUACCAAGGAUAGCUCAUGCUCAUCUUGCAUGGGCGGAUCGACUCGAAGGUGGUGUUAAUGAAGAAAAGUGUAUCCGACUCGCCCAGCUCCAUUCAGAUGCGGUUGAUUAUAACAAGACAGGCAAUCCUGCAAACAUGACGCGAAGCCUCCAGCCCCGAAUGUGGCCUCACUUUAUGGAGAAAAAGAACAAAUCCAAAGACCAAACAUACCGUUCCAGCAAGAUACUUGGACAACUUUAUGACGCCGUUGAGCGCAUUGAUUUUGCUCCCAACCUCGAGAUGCCCUUUGACAAACGAAUUCUAGAGUGCACUAUUGAGGUUAGCGAAGACUUGAUCCAGUUCGCCAGAAACCUCAAGCAAGACUACGACUCAGCAAUGCGCCGAGUGAUGGCCCAGCAUGAAAUCAAAAAUGAGUUCGAAGUCUGGUCUACAUUUAUCUUGAGCCAUGCCAAUAUGAGCAAGGACUACAAAUUCCAUGAAGAGAUAGGCGGAAUAUCCCUAUCACUUCGAGAAGGAUUCCGCAAGCAGUGCUACGAAAAGGUCGGCGGACGAAGCUUUGAACUAUUAACACCAUUGGCAAUCGCCAUGUACCGUGUCACGCACGAGGAAAUGGCCGCAGCUUUAAAAAAGUUCCAUGAGCAGAAUCCAAUGGACGCAAAGUUCUUUCACAAGCCUACACCAAAAAUGGAGCAAUUGCCUCUAAUCAGUUUUCCGUGGAUUUUGCCCAACAUCCUCGGGAAGAUCGCGAGAGGUCAAUACGAGGAACCGAACGCCCCAAUUAAUACUGUGAAUCAAAUGAAAGUGGACAGCAACAUCGAUGAACAAGCUUCCGAAAAGCAUGAUGGCAAUUCUGCUGAGUCUGGUAACAGGCCCGCAUCAAGUUCUGAGCGCACAGGAGCAACUCAAACCAAAUUGGUGGAUCAUUUUGAUCUGUUUACAGAAGAUCUGGAAACCCAACGUUCCUGUCAAAUCGGUCCAGGCCCAGUCGACGAGGCGAGUCCCACAGGAGAAGAGAGUGUUGAAUCCUUGGAUCAGCUCGCCGAUUUUGGCUUUAUCGAAACGCCCAAGUCCUUACCUUCUACCUUCACAUCGCCAUCCACGGAUGCAAUUGACACUGAUGUCAAUUUACUGGAUCUCGAUGAGAGCCCCAAAAAUGCUGGAUCUGUCGGACAAGAGAAAGAAAAUCAGAGUCCGAAUGGGGUGGAUCAUACGAUCAAUGGCGGAGACGAAGAUGCUGGGUGCCUCGAUAUGGUUGAAGAGGAAAGCGAUGUGAAGCCCAAUGCUCUCGAUAUGCUCAACAAGCUGCUCGGGGCCUAG